AUGUCCCCUGCCACAGUAAACGAUACCGAGGACUUUAGGCCCCCAAGCCUCUCUGUUGUUGGAAUCGGUGUUCGCCUGCCAGGUGCCCGCGACAAAAAGGAAUACUUUGAGCUUCUGAAAGAAGGCCGCUGCGCCAUCGGCCAAGUUCCUGCUGACCGCUGGAAUGCCAAAGCCAUGACCCAGCUGGGCGGUGUUCCCGGCAAGGUCGUCACCGACCAGGGUGGUUUUGUCGACCCCCACACCGAAAUUGACUCGCUUGAAUUUGGUAUUUCCCCUGCAGAGUCCAAGAUGCUCGACCCCCAUCAGCUGAUGCUUGUCGAGGUCGUCUUCCAGGCCCUUGAAGAUUCAGGCAUCAACUACCGUGGUACCAACACGGGUGUUUACGUUACAGGUUCUCCGGAUGUGCAUAACGUCGGCAAAGACAUGUACAACAUGGGUCCGUACAGCGCCACAGGCGCUGCCUUUUCCAUGCAGGCCAACCGUUUGUCCUACUUGUUCGAUUUGCGCGGCCCCUCGGUCUACCUCGACACGGCCUGCUCUUCGAGUAUCACUUGCUUGCACCUUGCCCGUACUGCCAUUCUCCGCGGUGAUUGCGACAUGGCAGUUGUUGCCGCUGUCAACUUGAUCCUCACGCCGGAUGCCUCCCUGUCUUUCUCGACCCUCGGAACGCUCUCUGCCACGGGUAUUUGCCACACGUUUGACGCCAGCGCUGAUGGUUAUGUUCGUGGCGAGGGCUGCACGGUCAUUGUCUUGCAGCGUACCGAGGAGGCCAAGCGCCUCGGCAGCCACAUCUACACCGAAGUCACCGGCUCUGCCAUCAACGCCAACGGGAAAGGUAAGAGUAUCACACUUCCCGACGGUCCUCAGCAGAAGGCUGCUACCUACGCGGCCUACCGCGAAGCCAACCGCAAGCCCUGUGAGGCGGCCUAUGUCGAGUGCCACGGCACAGGCACGCCUGUCGGCGACCCCAUCGAAGCCAACGCCGUCGGCCAGGUCUUUACGCCUGGCCGCGCCGAGAACGAUUUGCUCCGCAUUGGUUCUGCCAAAACCAAUGUCGGCCAUCUCGAGCCCGCCGCCGGCCUUGUCGGUCUUAUCAAGGCGUGCUACACGCUCGACACUGGUCUCAUGCUUCCCCACCUGUUCUUCAAGGAUCCCAGCCCCCGCAUCCACUGGGACGAAUACAAGAUCAAGGUCCAAACCGAAGUCGAGCCGCUGCCCGAGAGCAAGCUGAGCAAGGACGGCAAAUUUAUCGUCUCUCUCAGUUCCUUUGGUUUCGGCGGUGCCAACUCGCACACGGUCAUGGAGCGCGAGCCUAACGUGUCUCUCCGUGAAACGAUCACGCCCCUCUCUUUUCGCGACCCGAUGCUCGUCGCCGUCGGUGCCUUGUCCAACCGCGCGGUCACCUCGCUGAGCACCUCGGUCCAGGAGAGCUGGGCCGACCUUCAAGAUCCACUGCAGGCCUCGUUCCUUGCACGCACCAUGACGGAGCGCGCGCGUGGCCAUCCCAACAUGACCUUUGCCGUCGGCUCCCUUGACGAGCCCCUCACCUUUGGCGAGACGACUGCCACCUCGAGCCCCGACUUCAACCCCAUCAAGGCGUUUGUCUUUUGUGGCCAAGGACCGCAGCACGAAAAUAUGGGCCGCCACCUCUACGCGCGCUUUGCUGCCUUCCGCAACUCUGUGAACACGAGCUUUGCGAUUGUCGAAAAGUUCCACUCAAGAAAGUUCCAAGACAAUGGCAUGUUUGACUCCGAGCGCGACGCGCAGGUGGAGAGCUGGACGGUCGAGCUGAUUGUCAUUUCCAUCACCAUUUUCCAGAUUGCGCUGUUUGACCUUUGGGUCUCGCUCGGCGUCGUGCCUGACGUCGUGAUGGGCCACUCUGUCGGUGAGAUUGCUGCGAUGUACGCCUCCGGCGCUUUUACGCACGAAAAGGCCAUCCGCACCGCUAUUGCACGCUCCAACGCCCUUGCUCUUCUCGACUCUAUCGACGGCUCCAUGGCCGCCCUCGGUGUUAGCCGCGAAGAGGGCGCACGCUUGAUUGACGAGGUCAUGCGCGAGCACAACACCACCACCGGUCUGUGGGUCUCUGCCUCUAACUCCACGUCUGCCGUCUCUGUUUCCGGCGCGACGCACCUGAUCGAAGAGUUGGUGAAGCGCUGCGAAGCCUCGGGCAUUUUCGCGCGCCAGCUGCGUGUCGGCGGUCCGUACCACUCCCCGAUGGUGAUGCCCUGCAAAGAGCCUUUUCUUUCUGAAGUCUACCCCCUGGUUGAUGCAGAAAAGAAUGUGCCCACGCGCCGCUUUAUCUCCACCGUCGAAGGGCGUAUGCUCGAGAAAGGCACCUCGCUCACUGCCGAGUACUGCUGGGACAAUGUCUCCUGUCCCGUGCUCUUCCGCGAGUCGAUCGAGGCGCUCAAUGCAUACCGCAAGGAAAAGGACCGCGGUCUUUUGAUCGUGGAGAUUGCGCCCCACGCCGUGCUGGGUUCCUACAUGGACGAGAUUUGCCGCGCCACCGGCGCAGAGCGCACCUCGAUUGUCUCGUCUGCGCGCCGCCCCAACUUCAAGAAGGGCGAGACGAAGGACACCCCGAGCGAAGUCUCGCAGUUCCUCACCGCCGUCGGCAGUGCGAUGCAGGCCGGCGAGCGCGGCAUUAUUGUGUACAAGCUGUACAACGACCAGUUUGUGGACCGCCCCAUGGGCAUCAAUGCCAUCGUCGAGAAGCUCCCCGAGUAUCCCUUCCAGCCGCUCAAGAACCCGCCGCACGAGACCACGUUCCCCGAGCACAUCCGCCAGCGCGACGCUGGUCCUCCCCUGUGCAGCGCUCUCUUCCGCAUCAAUGCCCAGACGCACAGCUGGACCAAGGGCCACAAGAUCCGCGGUACGAUUGUCUUCCCCGGUGCGGGCUACGCCGAAGCUGCGCUCGAGGCUGGCGCACGUACCAUUACCAACAUGCACAUCAACCGUGCGUUUGUCAUUGAGGAGGACACCUCGCCCAAGUACGCCCAGUUCAUCACUACCGGCAUCAACAACGGCUGGGAGUUCCGCAGCUCGGGCAAGAAUGCGGUGAACGACGCCGGGAUUAUUUUCGACCAGCUCCACGCCCACGGUCAAAUGUCGCCCGAGUACACCCCCAUCGGCCCGAACAGCAUCACCGAGGUCUUUGGCGAGGACUGGCUUAGCCACUUUGACAUUAUCAUGGACGGCCAGACCUUCUACGACCGCCUGAAGCCCAACGGCUCGCAGCACACUGCCGCCUUUGGUAUGAUCAACCAAGUGCGCGGCUCGACCACCCGCGAGGACGACUACCUUGCUUUUGUCGACGUCCUUCCCGACCUCUGGGACGGCCCCGAGGCCGACGGGAUGGUUUUCCACCCCGGUCUUCUCGACUCUGCCUUCCUCUGCACGUGGAUUCCUGCGCUGCCGUUUGACGGCACCAAGCUCGGUGUGGAUGCCUUUUUGCCGAACCUUCUCGACAUUCUUGCGCUGCGCGCCUCCCCCGAGGAGAUCCGUGCUGCGAAGCAGAUUGUCCUCUACGUCCAAACGCUCAUCAGCAACGACCAGAACAUCAAGCACAACAUUCUGAUGUUUGACCGCAACACGGGCAAGACGCUUGCCUUUUUGCGUGGCCUCGAGUGCACGCGUAUCAAGGACACGGCCAAGGAACGCGAGGCCUACACGGAGAGCUGGGAGCCGCGCUGCUUCGAGUCUACCACGCCUCUCGCCGACGCAUUCUCUCUUGAGGCGCCCCUCGCCGCCCAGUUUGCCGCAGACAUGGCGCAACAGGACGAGAGCGGCGUCGUUGCUGAGGCCACGCGCCGCGGCAAUGCAGCGGCUGUCUGUGCAGACGACCUCCAAGACGCCCUCUUUGACUUGCCGGGCGUCAGCGAGGAAGUGGCGCUUAGCUUUGUGGCCAUGGCCGAGCACCUGAUUACCUCUUCGCGCGAGCAAACGCCGCGCCGCGUUUACCGCGUCCUCGAGCUCUACGGCCGCCGCCGCAAGAUCUCCAUGCAGCCGCUGGUGGCAUGGGCGCAGAAGCGCGGCAUCUACAUCGACCUUGUGCGCUUGAAUGUCGCCUCGGCGCUCAAAGGCACUCCGGAGUUCUUUACCGGCCCCUACGACGUGCCCGAUGCCAUUGACGCCUUUAAGCGCACCAUCCCUGCGACGUUUGACCUUGCCUUUGUCACGGACUCUUUGCGCACCUCGGUCGAUGCGAUGGCGACCGUCGCUGCUGUCGACGCGCUCCUCAUCCCGGGCGGUUACGCCUUCUACGUCGAGGCGAACUCUGGCGGCCCGCUUGCGCGCCUCCUUUUCCGCACCCCGUCUCCCAACCCGUCCUCGCUGGGUCUCCAAGCGCUUGCCGACACGCCCUCCCUCCAGCUCUUUUCCACGCGCCGCGACAAUGCGGCGUGGCCCAACCUUGGUGUGAUUCCCACCAAGUCCGUUUUGGACAGCGGCCACUUCCGCCGCGCGGGCGAUGCGCUGGUCUACUACCACAAGCCCGACACUGAGUAUCUCGUCGUGCCUGCGAUCCGGGAGGCGUAUGGCGACUCGCCCAGGGGCAAUUUGUGGAUCCUUGCUGAUGAUACGACCGACGGCGCGCGCGCGAUUGGUCUUGCCGGCACGAUUACCAACGAGCUCGUAACGCUCCGCGCGAUGUUUGUUGGGUUCGAUCCUACGUACACGCGCGCCCAGCGCGACGGCCUCCUCGACCUCUUUAUCGAGCGCGACGCGGAGGGCUCGAUGGAAGUCUUUACGCUUGUCAGGAACGGGCGCCUCUACGGGCGCCGCUUGGUAAAGCAAACCACGAUACACCCCACCGAGAUGCAAGGACGCGACUGGGUGCUCGAGCUCGUCGAAGGCCAGCCUGCCUCGGUGCAGGCCAUUGCGCCGCACCUGCACACUCCUGUCCCUGUGGCUGAGCACGAUGUGCAGGUCCAGAGCGAUGCCGUGGCGCUCAACUUUAAAAACAUCCUUUCUGCCACGGGCCUUUUGCCCGCCACCGACCGCCUCUCGGAGUUUGCCGGUGUCGUGCGCGAGGUGGGCUCCGGCGUUACGCGUUUCAAGGUGGGCGACCGUGUGAUGGGCACGUCGGGCGGUGUGCGCGAAGGCACGGUUGCCACCGCGAGCGAGUACUCUCUUGCCAAGGUUCCCAGCAACAUGAGCAACCUCGAGGCGGCGGCGUACCCCAUUGCCUACGGCACGGUGUGGUACGGCCUGGUGCACCUUGCGCAAAUCCGCGCGGGUGAAAAGGUGCUUAUCCAUGCCGCUGCUGGUGGUGUGGGUCUCUGUGCGAUCCAGAUUGCGCAGCGCAAAGGCCUGGAAGUCUUCUGCACCGUCUCUUCCCAGGAGAAGCGCGACUAUCUCCACAAGCACCUCGGCGUCCCCUACGAGAACAUGGCCAACUCGCGUGUCAUUGCCGAGUGGCUCCAGAGCGGGCGCGACUGGCUUGCGAAGCGCGGGCGCACGGGCUUUGACGUGGUGCUCAACUCGCUCCAAGGCGCUGCACUCCAAGCCGGCAUUGACUCGCUCGACUACCUCGGCCGCUUUGUCGACAUUUCCAAGCGCGACCACUUGGCGGGCAACCCGAUGUCGAUGAGUGGCUUUGCCAAGGCGAUCAACUACAUUGCCGUCGAGCUCGGCCUUCUCGGCAACUAUGCGCCGCAGCGCCUCGCGAGUCUCUUUGACGAGAUUGCCGCGGAGCAUGCGCGCGAGCCGUUUAAGUGCCUCGUCGGCCACGAAUUCAAGGGCGCAAAUGGCCUUGUUGCCUCGUACAAGCUUAUGGAGAGCGGCAAGCACAUUGGCAAGGUCGUCACCGACCUUUCCGAGGAAGUGCUGCCCGGCGCCAAGACAGUGCUGUGGAAUGGGUACAAGGUGUACGAUCCCCGCAAGUCGUACGUGCUAAUCGGUGGCUGUGGUGGUCUUGGGCCGCGUCUUGCGCAGUUCCUCAUGUACCUCGGCGCUCGCAACAUUGUCUUGACGGGCCGCCGCGGCCUCAUCUCGCGUUCGGACCGUCUUGCGCUCGAGCGUCUCGUGCGCGAUCCCGCGUUCCCCGACGUGACCAUCAAGGUGAUGGCCGCCGACGCGCUCAACCCCCAAGCGAUGCGCGAUGUGUUUGACACGGCCGAGACGCUUGCGCCCAUUGGCGGCGUGUUCCUCAUGUCGGUUGUUUUGCGCGACGACCAGUUCCUGAACAUGGACAAGGAAAAGUUUGACACAGUGAUGCAGAGCAAGAUUGGCGCGCUCAACGUCGUCCAGAGCCAGCUCGACAUUACCAAGCUCGACUUCUUCUUCCUCUUCUCUUCCACCGCUGCUCUCUUCUUCAACCCCGGUCAGGCGAACUACAACGCUGCCCAGACCUACUUUAACCGCUUUGCGCAAGAGCGACACAACGUGAUUUCCUACGCCGUCCCGGCCAUCUCGGACAUUGGUGUUUAUGCGCAGAUGCGCUCCAAGAACACCAACAAUGCCGCGCUCAAGGUCAUGGACGCGCUUGCGUGCAACUCGCGUGAGCUCUGCACGUCCAUUGCGCAGUCCAUCGGGCGUCUUAUCAUGGGCGGCGACAACCACGCGGGCUACUUUAUCCAGCCCAUGGACUGGAAGGUGAUGUACGAAAUCUCCCCGGCCAACAUCUGGUCCAUCUCGCACCUUGUCGAGCACCUCGACGAUGCCGAGGGCGAUGUGGGCGACGACGAGACCGCUGCCGAUCCCGUCGGUGUGCUCCUCGGCAAGCUCCUCAACGUCGACAUCGACACGGUCGACGACACCAUGUUUUUGUCCACACUCGGCCUCGACUCGCUCUCUGCCUCCAAGCUCAGCGCGAUUCUCAUGUCCGAGUUUGGCGUGACCGUGACGCAGCUGCAACUUCUCGGCCCCGUCUCUGUCGCCGCCCUUCGCCAGAUUGUCGAGGACGCGCGCGAUGAGAGCGACGCGCCGGCCAAGGCCGACGCGCCCGCGAACAAGGGGCGCCCCGCGCCUGUGGCUCACAAGGUUGAAACGGAGCCCAUUGUUGCGUUUAACUACGCCGCGGAGGUCGACAAGCUCGACGAUCUUCCGCGCUCUGUCGACGGCCUCGUGCCGUUUACCUCGUCGACCCUUGCGCCGCAGUCGAAGCAGACGGUGUUUGUCACUGGCGCCACGGGCUUCCUCGGCAGCAGUGCGCUGGAGGGUGUGCUGAACGCGCUUCCCAACGCGCGUGUCAUUGCCUUGGUGCGUCACUCUGCCCCUGGCGGCAUGGACCGCAUCAGGGACGUGGCGGCCAAGCGCGAGCUUUCCACGCUGCAGCAUCUCGACCGGGUUAGUGCUGUCGUCGGCGACGUGACCAAGCCGCGCCUCGGCCUCGCCGUCGCGGACUGGGACGCGCUUGCGCGCAGUGUGGACCUGAUUGUCCACGCGAGCGGCCGCGCGGACCACUUGAUCGGCUACCAGGGCAUUGCCGACAUCAACGUCUUGUCUACCCGCGAAGUGCUGCGCCUUGCCGCGGACCAAAAGGUCAAGGCCGUCGCAAACAUCGGCUCCACCAACAUGUGGCUCACCUUUACCAACAAGCCGCGCGAGGACGAGCUUGUGCGCGAGGACCUCGACAUCCGCACGCUCAGCAACUCACUCUGGAACGGCUACUCGCAGUCCAAGUGGGUCUCGGAGAUGCUCUGUCGCCGCAUGCACGAGCGCGGCGUGCCUGCCAUCACCAUCCGUCCGGGUGUGCUUGGUGGCAGCGCCACCUCGCGCUACAUCCCCAACCCCGACAGCUUCCUCUACCGCAUGCUUUCUGGCUUUGUGCAGAUGGGCAUGGCGCCCAAAACGCACAGCCGGUUUACCGAAACCUCGUCGGACUGGUUUGCCGAGAUUUUCGGCAAACUUGUCGCGACGCCGCGUACAUGGGACAGUGGACACGACGUUUUCCACAUCCGCAACGAGAAAACGCUGGAGAGCUCCGACUUCCCGCGUCCCAAGGACACACACCCGCUCAAGGAGGUGCCGUACGAAGAGUGGGUCGAUGCAUUCCAGCGCGAAGCCGCGAAGCCCGAGUCCACCAACCCCCUUGUUCCCUUGUCGGCCUUUGUUGUCAAGGGCGAACUUGCGCAGCUGCCGCGGUUUGACCACAGCAACACCAAGGAGGUGCUCGGGGACCAGUGGACGGAAGCUCCGCCGUACCGAUUCGAAAUGUAA